UGCAGUGUAAGCAAUGUCAGUGUGCAGAGUCCAACGGCUCCACUGGCUCGCUCUGCAGGAGAUGAUUGUCAAAGUCUUCGGCUCCACGUUCAGACCGGCGACUGCUGCUCAGGGAUCAUGCCCUCGGGGAAGACGGUCAAGCUCGUCCUGUACGAGGUGCUGCAGUUCGCGGCCCUCAUCGUGCCGAUCUUGGUGCUGAUGGAGAGGUUCGCCGGCCUCGUGCGUGACGUGAGAGGACGCGAUCCGACGGCCUACUGGCUCGUGGUGGCGGCUUCUCUGGCCUAUGUGACCUCUGUGACCCUGCUGGUGUGGGUGCCUGUCAAAUGUCUCCUGCUGAAGCGGCGGAGUUCCGUCACGGAGAUCACACAGUGGAGACCAACGGCGCUGGCGUAUCUCAUCCUGUGUACACUACCGUGCUUUGCUAUUUUAAUCGCCAGCUCCAAGGUGCAGGUGGACAGUGGACACAGGAUUGACCAUUUCGCAGAGUUGCCCGUUUCCCUGGUGCUUUUCUCCCUCAUCUGUGUGGAUGUCAUCGAGAGGCUUCGCCCCUGCAGGCUCAUUGGACAAUCCGACAGCCUGGAUCCCGACCUUGACAUCCCAGGCCCCAUCCUCACCCACCUGGAACAGCUGACCACCGUAUCGAGCCAGCUGCACCCCGAGGAAGGCCAGAACGGUUUGCCCCAAGGCCUUCCAGAGGCCAAACACGGCAGCGCCUCGGGCAGAUGGCAGCACUACUCCGGCUCACCCGUCCACUCGACGUUAAGCUCGCGAGCACCCAGCACCGCUUACCUGUACUCCUCAACCUCACGCCAGAGGUCCUUCUCCGGGACUCUCGGCUACCUGUGGAGGAGGGACGGGAGGUCAGAGGUGUUUGUGGACAGUUUUCUGUUCUGGUUAGACACCGUAGAGAUGGUGCGGGUAGCAGGGGAGCCGCAGGUCUUCUACUCAGCCUGGGUGUUCCCUGUCUAUAUUCUCGGCUUCCUGUCCACCCUCCGCGUGGUCAUCGCUCCUCACAACCCCUUGUUGUCUUCUGCCGGAGUUGUCCUGCAGGACUUUCCUUUCUUUAUCCUUCGGGUCGCCCUGAUUGCCGUGUUUGGUUACGUGACACCCGUGUUUUACCCGCUGAAGAAUGUGCUGGUGAGCUUGACAUUUGUCUACUUUACGUUCUUGGCCAGGCUGAGGAUAUUCAGAAGGCAGAGCAUGUUUUGAGUAGGAGUGGCACAUUGUGUUGUUCAUGCACAGAUUUGCUCUGAUUGUUGAUGUUUGAAGAGUUGGUGUAUUCGUGUGUCGGGAGCAGCACAGACGACACGUGGUGCUGGUACUGUUGAGGAGGAACCACAUGUUUUGGAUACCAAUGUCUGCAAAUGAACUGGAAGGAUAAGCAUCCAAAUCAAAAUGUAAAACAUGAUUUUAUUUUUUGAAACACUGAUCUGUGUAUGUUGGAGUGUAGCCAUCUUUCUGUGCCAUAUUUGAAUCCAUAUGUAUUUAUUAAUACUUAAUUUUGUGUGUUCCUGCUACAUUUGUAAUAAUUUUUUAUCUGUACCACAUUUUUUAAUAUACUUCAAGGACUGAUGGAAACAAAUAUUUCCAACUAUAUUGAAUAAAAGAACAUUAUUUUAA